AUGCGCACACUAAAAAAGGCGUUUGGUGGUUUACAUUCAAUCGACAUCGGAAAAGAGCAACAAAAAAUACAAGGCAAAAUAGCUGAAGUAUUUGGAACAUGUGGUAAACACAAAGUAACAAAAGUGGAACAUAAAAAUAUUAUGUUGAUAGGUCGAACAAGAACAGGUAAAUCAACAAUUAAAAAUUUAUUAGUUGAUCCACAACGAAUUCCAGAUCAACCAACGCUUUGGGCUGCAACAAAAACUGCUUCUUUUCAAUCAUUUGCUGUUGAUGAUAAUAAUACUGUAUUAAAUAUAAUAGAUACACCUGGAUUAUUUGAAAGAGGUUCAGAAACUAUGGAUAUACAAGAUAAUGAAACACUUUUAAACACAAUUAAACAAUGCGCUGACAGAGAAAUUACAAAAUUUCAUAUCAUAUGUUUUGUUGCAUCAUUUGAAGCAGGUAUCAACGAACAAGAUAUUCAGUCAUUGAAAUUAUUAAUUAAAUUUUUAAAUCCUCUUAUAUCAAAAAAUUCAUGUUUAAUUGUAACAAGGUGUGAAUCGAAAACUGAACGUCAACUAAAUGUAUUAGGUAAUGAACUAGAAACUGAUAGACAUUUUAAAGAAUUAGUACCAAAUUUUGAAAAAGGAAUUCACUUUUCUGGUUCAUUGAAUUUUGAUGAUUGGAGCAAUGCAAACGAAAGUAGUUUAUAUCGUCAAUUUAUUACUGUAUGUAAAUAUAGAGAUAAUUUAAUUGAUUUAUUUACUAGUGAUAUUAUACCAUUUGACAUAAAUCAAUGCGAUUUCAGUGCGUUUAAACAAAUAGCUGAGGAAAAACAAGUACUGUCAAAGGAAAUUGAAGAUUUGAAAAAGAAAAGUCAAGAUGCUGAACAAGCGUGGGUGAAGGAAAUUGGAGAUUUGAAAAAGAAAUAUCAAGAUGCUGAACAAGCGUGGGUGAAGGAAAUUGGAGAUUUGAAAAAGAAAAGUCAAGAUGCUGAACAAACACGGUUAAAAAUAGCAAACACUUUAAAGUUAUACCAUCGAUUAUAUGUAGGAGAAACUGAAAACUUCGACAUACGUUUAGAGCAACAUCAAAAAUGUG